UGAACACACACAUCUCUGCUCUUUCACACACACUCAAAGACAUGGAGGAGAUGAUGAAAGCCAGUGACGUCUGCUUUCUGAAGUCAUGAAGUUGGUCAUCAUGGCCUCUGAGGGCAACACAGAUGAAUGAAGCCUGUCUCGUGUGUGAUUGGACGGUGUGUGAUGGGUGGAGUGAGAGAGAGCAUUAAAGAGAGAGAGAGAGUGAUCGGACACACACUCUUCAGGAAUGGACUCUGCAUUGAUCACGCUUCUGCUCUCAGCCGUCUUCCGCUCGGCGUCUCCGCGUCAGUAUGAGUUUGUGCAGAGGUCCGUGAACUGCAGCGAAGCGCAGCGAUACUGCCGGCAGAACUACCGCGAUCUGGCCAGCGUUAGCGACAGCGCAGACCUGAGCAAUCUACUGAAGAUCACAGAUCGACGCUUCUGGAUCGGACUGCUGAAGACCGGCGGCGGGGAGUGGAGAUGGGCACACUACACACUACACCCCUCACUGUACCGCAACUGGGCGGCGAACCAGACCAACGCAAGCCUAGACUGCGCCUACAUGGACCGGGACGGGCGGUGGCGUAUUGACGACUGCACAGCGCAGCGGUCCUUCAUCUGCUACAGCGACACCAGUGAGGGCUUCGUGCCUGUGCUGCAGACGAGGAGCUGGAGAUCCGCUCAGAGCUUCUGUAGAGCGAACCACUCUGACCUGGCCAGCGUGAGGAACCAGAAGGAGAAUCAGCAGAUCCAGCAGCUCGUGAACGCCAGCGGGGCCAGUUCAGUCUGGAUCGGCCUGUUCAGAGACGCUUGGGAAUGGUCCGAUGAGAGUCCCUCGUCGUUCAGAAACUGGGCAUCUGAUGAACCCAACGGAGCGCCUGAAGACGCCACAGUGAUGGUGGUCGGUGGACAGAGAAGGGGACAGUGGGAGGACUGGCCUUGCGACUCGCUGUUCCCGUUCGUCUGUCAUUAUGAAGAUCAGUUCACCCUCAUCAAGCAGAACCUGAGCUGGGCUGAAGCCAUGACGUACUGCCGACGGAGGCACGUGGAUCUGGUGUCGGUCACCAGCGAGGAGAUGGAGCGGCGCGUGCGGACCGUGGCCAGGAACGCCUCCACGCCGGCCGUGUGGUUGGGUCUGCAUCACUUCUGCGCCAUGAACAUGUGGCUGUGGCUGCGGGGCGAGGCGGUGUGCUACCAGAACUGGGCGGCGGGCGACGGCACCGAGCCACGAGACUGCAGCCGCGAGCGGAGAGUCGGAGCCAUGCGGACGGCAGGAGACCAGCGCUGGGUUAGCCUUCCUCCAGCUCGCGCGCUCAACUUCAUCUGCUCCAACUACGAGGACUGAGGGCCUACACGCGAAAUACAUGGAGUUUAGUUCCAGCUGCGCUCCGUGGCUCCGGCGGCUCUCUAAUGGGUCUCUUAUGAGUCAAACGUGUAAACCUGUCACGUGUUGUCUAACUCCAAUUGAGUUUGUAAUGUCUUUAAAUGCUAAUGCAUCUUCUUCGUUAUCUA